CACUUAACCCUACUCCCCUUUAUUCUCUUUGCACACGGUCAUAAAGGAUCUUUACUAACGUGCACGAGAAAAAAAGCGAUACCAGUAUUUCAUAAACUUUGAUUUUAAAAAACAAAGCAGAAGAAAAAAAAAAAAAGAAAACUCAUGUAUAUAUAUAAAACCUACAAACAUAAUGACUUCGUUUAAUUCCACCACAGCAACACCUUCAGCAGUUUCUGAACUCGUGAGUGCAACCAAAGAAACCAAUUUACAGGAGCCUAUUGUUGCUUCGAUAGAUUCCGGACCAGUACAAGCAUAUGCAAAGCUAGAAGGAGAUGACUUUUGCUAUUACAUUCGUACAUUGCAAGUAUCUCUGGGAAGAAAAGUAACCAACCCAGAUAAUGUCGAUAUACCAUUAGGAAAUACGAAAUCUGUUUCACGACAACAUGCGAGAUUGUUUUAUAAUUUUUCUUCACAACGCUUCGAGCUCAAGGUGUUUGGUAAAAACGGAGCGUUUGUAAACGAACAAUUUGUCGAAAGUGGUAUUACUGUCCCUUUAGAAAAUAAAACAAAAAUACAAAUUGGUGAAAUGGCCUUUGUGUUUCUAUUACCAAAGCCAGAUACGGAUACUGUAAAUACAAAUAAUAACACAUCGCCUCAUAAUAAUGAUAAUAACUUUGGUUAUAUAUCAACACCUCAUCAACUUGAAAAAAAUAUUAAAAACACAUCUGCAGCCCUAAUACAAUCCUCUCGAGCGCAAGAUUUGGAUGAUUUCGACCUAAGUGAUGAUGAUGCCAGUGAAUCCUCAGAACCAAACCCAUACAACAACAAAGAUAUCAAACCGCCUUAUUCGUAUGCCUCUUUAAUCGCUCAAGCCAUAAAUUCAUCAAAAGAUAAACGCAUGACCCUAAACGGUAUCUACAAUUACAUCACAACAAAUUACCCAUAUUACCAAAUGGCACAAAACGGGUGGCAGAACUCAAUUCGUCACAAUCUGUCUUUAAACAAGGCUUUUGUAAAAGUACCACGUGGAGAAACUGAGCCUGGAAAAGGCGCGUUUUGGACAAUUGAUGUAAACGCUGAAACACAAUUCACAAACGGUGUAUAUAAGAGGAAUAAGAGAAUCGAUGUUACCAAUAACAACAACAACGAUAAUAAUACGAAUACGAAUAAUAAUACACAAGAGGCUCAGGCUCAAUUACAGUUACAACUUCAAAAUACAAUUCGACAACACUUGUUAGAUCCAGUACGUUAUCCUUUACCGCCUUCCAUUGCUCAAUUAUUACCACAAGCUAUUGCUCAGUUACCACCUCAAUUAGCAACCCAAUUAUCAUCCACACUUCAAACAACCAUUAAACCAGCACCUGAACCAACCGCUGCUGAUGAACCUCCUGUCACCCAAACCGAAAAAUAG